AUGGGCCCCUAUACCGCCUCCUCAUGCUGCUGCCAGGCCCUGUAAUCUGCCAUGGGCCCCGUACCGACAAUCCUCAUGCUGCUGCCAGGCCCGUAAUCUGCCAUGGGCCCCUGUACCCAGCCUCCUCAUGCUGCUGCCAGGUCCAGAGAGUGUCAUGGGUCCCUGUACGGCCUCCCAUUGCUGCUGUCUCUAUCGCCACACUCUGCCAUGUGCCACUUUCAUGGUCUCCUCACACUGCUGGUGUUUCCAUUUUGUCAUAGGUGCUGUAUGGCCUCCCAUAGCUGCUGCCUCCACCGCCACACUGUGGCUCCACACUCUGGUUUUGGCCGAGUGACUGGCCAAAUGAGUGAAGUGUGCGGUGAUUCUAAGAUCGACGGGCAUCUCAUCUGCAUGUCAUAUAAACACGACCUGCCUGACAUGUAUUAUUUCUCUUCCCAAGCAGGACUCCAAGGGCAAUUAAAAUUAAAGGUACAGUGUUCAGCACUAAUAUUA